AGAACACCCUACCCGGAAACUCGGAGGUGGAUAGAAAAAUAUAACUAGGGAAACUGUGAAGUAAUUUGAGUAAUCACGACACAACCUGUCCACAAACAGACUCGAAAUCAGCUAGGAUGUGUAUUUGACACCUUUUGCAUUUCAGAAACUGACCCAGGGACAGAAGGGAGUUGGAGUUAACUGUGGAUCUUCUAUUGCUCCCGGAAACCAAAAGCCUUUAUAGCAACCGGACUGCAGUUGUAGGUUGUCACUAGUAACCCAGCCACAAAGUAAAAAAUGGCUAUAUCGUAAAAAUGCAUGGAAACUCAAAUUAGCCUUUUGGUCUUAAUUUAAGGUUAGGGAUGUGUAUAAAGUGAGCAGUGUGGUUAGGGUUAGCAUCUGAUUUUAUGAAUAUCAAUUUUAGAAAUAGGCGGGGUUUAUCCAUAAUAAUGACUUUGUGGCUGUGGUAACUUGCCGUUUGUGGGAGAGCCGAGCAAACAGCUAGCAAGGCAGCUAAAAUGUCUUGAUUACAAAUAGUCGCUUUGUGAAAUAGAAUUAGAUGACUUGUUACAUAGAUCAAACGCGUUGAUAUUUAGCUCCUCUUGUUGUGUCAACAUCGUGAUAGUUUUCGCUAGGUAUUGUUGAAUGACUUGUGACAUUGUCUAACGUUAGUGCUAGCAAGCCCAGCUAGAUGCUAUAGUACACCGGGGAGACGUGCUAGCUAAUAUUAGCUGAACGUGGAGGCCGGACAAUCCAUCGUUCUUUAGUUUAGAUAGCUUGCUAAAUUAGCGUUUCAAAUUAUUACAAAUAUUUGCUCGAUACUAUGGAACAGUUUUCAUUAUAACUUAUAUUUAUUUUGGUCCAGGAAAAAAACGUUAUUUAUUAUCUUUCAUUGCGCAGCAAUUCUAUUUUAGUCCUGUUGCAGCCACUGAGGUAUAAUAAGGACGUUUGUAUCUGGAAGACAAGAGUCGCACAGUCAUGUAACUGUAAUGCAGGAGGUGUCUAACUGAUCCAGUGCCAGCCCCUCUGAAGUAACACCAGACUGACUGGAAGUGUGAAGAAAACCCAGCAAGACAUAGUCAUGUUGGAGGAGGACAUGGAAGUGGCCAUCAAGGUGGUGGUGGUGGGCAAUGGUGCGGUGGGGAAGUCCAGCAUGAUCCAGCGCUACUGCAAGGGCAUCUUCACCAAGGACUACAAGAAGACCAUCGGUGUGGACUUCCUGGAGAGGCAGAUACUGGUGAAUGAUGAAGAUGUGAGAUUGAUGUUGUGGGACACAGCAGGGCAGGAAGAGUUUGAUGCCAUCACCAAGGCCUACUACCGCGGUGCCCAGGCGUGUGUUCUGGUCUUCUCCACCACCGACAGGGAGUCGUUCGAGGCGGUCGGCAGCUGGUGGGAGAAGGUGGAGCUAGAGGUGGGAGACAUCCCCACUGUGCUGGUGCAGAACAAGAUUGACCUUCUGGAUGACACGAUGAUCAAAAAUGAAGAGGCAGAAGGUCUGGCCAAGAAGCUCAAGUUGAGGUUUUAUAGAACUUCUGUAAAGGAGGACCUCAAUGUCAAUGAAGUUUUCAAAUACCUAGCAGAUAAGUAUCUGCAGCGACUCAAGCGGCAAACCGCAGAGGAGCCCGAGGCAGUGCAUACAGCAGGCAAUAAAAUUGGCGUUUUCAACACCACAAGUAGUAACCUAUCUAGUCAGAACUCCAGCAAUGGCCGUGAAAUCAUCAGCUUGCGGCCCCACAAACAGAGGACCAAGAAGAGCAAAAACCUCUUCAGUAGCUGCAGCCUUCUUUAGAAUCAAUCCAUUCCCUUCAAUACUAUCCAGUCAAGCCUUUGAUUCGCAUGGAUAGAUGGGAGAUCUAAAGCACCAGUAUGGCAAAAGUAACAAUAGUCCUCCUGAUGGCUGCAAUGGAUACCAAAACCUAUGUUGUAGCAUGAAUGGAAUUCUUGAAGCUUAUCUUUUGGGAAAUUGAGGUUGGGCGUUGCAGGGUUUUCCCCAUUUACACCCUUCAACAUGUUGUAGGGAAGGGUUACAUUCUAGUUCACUAACAAGGCAUCUUUGUAUGUUCAUAUGUGAUUUUUACAGAUUACCAUUUGUGCAUUUGACUGUUCAUCUGUGCAAUAUGUUUAUUGUAAGAGAUAUACUGAUUAUUUUGUACCAUAUUUUGUUUAAAAUAUUAAUGGAAUAUGGUUCAAUCUAUGCUGUAUAUUGUGGAUAAAGACUUUUGUUUUCUGAAAGGUAUUUUUAUAUGAAUUUUAAGUGUUUAACAAAUGUUUGCAGACAAUGACUUACCUAAAACGUAACAUAGUGCCAAAUAGUUUCUUAACCUCCUUUUAUUGUUGAAAGAAAUGUACAUAUUUUAAGGUGAAAGGUAGGAGUGAUUGGUAGUUGUAUGAAAAUACUGAAUUACAACAAAGACCAAUAGAAUGUGCUCUUAUAUUACCAAAUAAAAUUUGAGAUUCGCACAAUAA